AUGACAUCCUGCGACCAUUACCCGAAGCCCGUGCCUGUUGGCGCAUGGGAUACCCAUCAUCAUAUUUUCGAGCCAGCGCGAUUUCCGUUUGCCUUUGAAAGACAUUUCACGCCUUCUGUGGCGACCCUAGACCAGCUCAAAGACUUCGAAGAAUCCAUUGGUGUAUCCCAUGUAUGCAUCGCGCACGGGUUGUCGUAUGGCCCUGACUGUUCCUCCUUGCUUUACUACUUGGCGCAAUUCGAUGGGACAGCACGCGGUAUCUGUGUUCUUGACCUGGACACAGUGACAGACGAACUUCUCGAAAAGUACCACGAUGCCGGCAUUCGAAGCGUCAGGCUGGACUUUUUCAAGGCUCAGGCUAUGAACGACGUCGACAAGCAAGUCAAUCUGAUGAAGUCCACCGCCAACAGACUUCUUCAAUGGCAACCGACUGGCAAUGGCUGGAGUAUUCAAAUCCAGCAGCCGAACAUCUCUUACUGGGCAAAGUUGGGACCUGUCAUCGAACAAUCUAAGCUUCCCGUUGUUUUGGAUCACAUUGGCCUUAUCAAAGCUUCCAGCAUGGCACCGACUGGGUCGGAACCUGUCAGAGAACAACCCGGAUGGCAGAGCCUGCUGAGCUUGUUACGGGGAGGAAACCUAUGGAUCAAGAUUUCGGCACCAUAUCGAUGCUCUCGAGCUGAUUUCAAUUAUGGGGAUCUCAAGGAAAUCGUGCAAGAGCUCGUUCAGACAAAUUCUAAGAGGUUGGUCUGGGGCAGUGACUGGCCUCAUACACAGCGACAUGAAGACAGGCAUCUGAGGAGCAAGGAGGAGCAAGAGCCUUUUCUGAAUAUUGACAACCCGACGUGGAUUCGCUCGCUGAGCACAUGGUUGAAUGGAGAAGAGUGGCAGGACUUAUGGGUUAAUAACCCUUCAACUCUGUACGAUUAUCCAGUCAAGUCGUGA